UUAAAGAAACCAACAGAAUCAUUUUCUCUUGAUAACAUUUUUUAUUUUUUAAUAUAUCAGACCAAUCCUUUGAAAUGGGAAACAGCCCGACAACCCCGUCGUCCACCGCAGAGUACAAUGCUCCGUCCAUCCCUCCCGACGGCGUUGUCACCAUCCUUAGCAUUGAUGGAGGUGGCAUCCGUGGCAUCAUCCCCGCCACCAUUGUUGCUUACCUUGAAGACCAGCUUCAAGCUUUGGACGGUCCGGAUGCAAGAGUAGCGGACUACUUCGAUGUGAUCGCCGGAACCAGCACCGGAGGGCUGAUGACCACUAUGUUAACGGCGCCGGACAAGAACAAGCGCCCCCUCUACGCCGGCAAGGAUAUCGUCCCUUUCUACAAGGAACACGGACCAAAGAUCUUCCCAACAGCAGAAGCAUCUCAGGUGUACAACCUGAUCGGAGGCCCCAAGUACGACGGCAAAUACCUACACCAAAUCCUCCAGGACCAACUGGGAGACACCCGGUUGAGCCAAACGUUGACUCACGUUGUCAUCCCUACCUUUGAUAUCAAGACCUUCGAACCCACAAUUUUCGCCACCUGCGAUGUUAAGGAUUCCCCCGAAAAGAAUGCUAAGUUGUCGGACAUAUGCAUUGCCACCUCCGCAGCUCCGACGUACCUCCCCUGCCAUUACUUUGAGACGGCCAAUGGUAAAGGCGAAAGGGUCCAGUUCAGCCUCAUUGACGGAGGUGUAGCGGCAAACAAUCCGACUCUUGUGGCGAUUAGCACGGUGACGCAAAGUGUGGUGGCUCAGGAUCCAAAUUUCCAGAAUUUCCUGACAUCAUCAACUUCGUCGAAUGAGCCAAUUGGGGUCCACCGGUUCUUGAUAUUGUCGAUCGGCACCGGCAAUGCAAAAUAUGCUGAUAAGUACACGGGGGAACAGGUGGCGAAAUGGAGUGUUUUGGCGUGGCUGCUCCAAGAACAAGGCAACCCUUUGAUUGAUGUAAUCUUCGGUGCAAGUGCGGACAUGGUGGAUUACCAUAUGGCCACCCUUUUUCAAGCUCUUAAAGUCGGACAUAACUAUCUUCGUAUCCAGGAGGACGAUUUACAAGGGCCGACAUCUAAGGUUGAUGUUACGACAAAGGAAAACUUGGAUGCACUUGAAGAGGUUGGCAAGAAGUUGUUGUCGAAACCGGUUAUGAAGCUGAAUCUGUUGACAGCGAAGAAUGAACCGGUUCCCAAAGCUGGAACAAACCAAGAUGCUCUCAAAAGGUUGGCCGGUUUGCUGUCGGAGGAGAGAAAGCGCCGUAGAACUGCGGCACUUAACGGCAGCAAGUAGCCAAGUUACGUUGUUGAUCAAUAAUGAGAUUAUAUGGUGUGUCUUUAAUUUCUGGUACUUGAGUUGUUGAAUAAGGCACAUAUCCUUCGACAUGAAAAAGGUUGUGCCACUGGUAUUGGUUACAUAUAUGUGUGUGGGUAUCUUGUACUGUUCUGGGUUAUGUAACUAUGAAUGUAAUAAUAAUUCUCAGAGAAGAAUUGAAUAAAUCAUUAUCAAUUGCUCUGA